CUCGCUCUCUCUUUCUUUCUCUUUCUCUCUCUCCCAUCUGCGAAAGCUGAAGGGAGAGAAGAAAACCACAACUCUCAUCAAUAUAAGCCUUUCUUGGGUCAUAAAAACUCAAAAACCCACAAAGGCCUCUAUCUAUCGGAUCUUAUCAGUCGGAUCCUUAAUCGGAUCCAAAACCAAACCUAACUAUCUUUUUCUAUCCUAUCCUAUCCUAUCUAACAUAUCAUUUCUUGAAUUCUAAUCUGAUUUUGAUUCGAGGAAGCGAUGACUCGGAGGUGCUCGCAUUGCAGCCACAAUGGGCAUAACUCUCGGACCUGCCCGAACCGCGGGGUCAAGCUUUUCGGGGUCAGGUUGACCGACGGGAUCCGGAAGAGCGCCAGUAUGGGCAAUCUCAGCCACUACGCUGGGUCGGGUUCGGGUCUGAACCAGAACGGGUCGACUACUCCCGGAUCACCCGGCGAGACACCGGAGCACGGUGCCGCUGCCGACGGUUACGCCUCUGAAGACUUCGUGCCUGGCUCCUCCUCUAGCUGCCGUGAAAGAAAGAAAGGUGUUCCAUGGACUGAAGAAGAACAUAGGAUGUUUUUACUUGGACUACAGAAGCUUGGCAAAGGUGAUUGGCGUGGAAUAGCUCGCAAUUAUGUUAUAUCAAGGACACCUACUCAAGUGGCCAGCCAUGCUCAAAAAUAUUUCAUCAGGCAAACCAAUGUAUCUCGGAGAAAGAGACGUUCCAGCCUGUUUGAUAUUAUAGCAGAUGAAUCAGCUGACACUCCGAUGGUACCUCAUGACUUCUUAUCUGUCAACGAGUCACAGGCUGAAACACAGAGCAAUCCUCCAUUGCCUGCUCCUCCUGCCCUGGACGAAGAAUGUGAAUCGAUGGAGUCUAUCAACUCCAGUGAUGGAGAUCCUAUUCCUCCGAAGACAGAGAGCUCACAACCUUGCUACCCAGUGGUAUAUCCUGCUUAUGUCGCUCCAUACUUCCCCUUUCCUUUGCCAUAUUGGUCAGGAUACAACACUCCAGAGGCAACUAAGAAGGAGGAGACACAUGAGGUUCUCAAGCCAACUGCAGUACAUUCGAAGAGCCCAAUCAAUGUUGAUGAGCUGGUUGGCAUGUCAAAACUGAGCUUAGGAGAAUCUAUUGGUCAUGCUGGUCCAUCCUCUCUUUCACUAAAGCUGCUUGAAGGAUCUUCUAGGCAGUCUGCCUUUCAUGCAAAUCCAGCCUCUGGAAGUUCAAACAUCAAUUCAAGUAGCAGCCCAAUCCAUGCAGUUUGAUGGACAGCUUUUCUGAGCUCAAGAUCAUAGGUUAGCUCGAUGAUGGAUGAGCUUUACAGUUUACUGUUAAUACAGGACUGAUAAUGUGCAGUUUGGUUUGGUUUAGUUUUGGACUAAUAAGGUUGUUUUUAAUUAAAUUAAUUAACUAAAUUCAGUUCUUAGCUUGUAGGUCACAGCAUCUUAGUGUAUCCACCAUUAGAGACAUUGUUCGAGUCCUUGAAUUUUGUGUCUUAUAUUAUUUGUUUUUCUCCUCA